AUGGCAGCGACCACGGUGAAUCCCUUCGCAGCAUCGAGUCCGUUGACUCCAAUGAACCCGACAACAACAGAGCACGAUUACCGCUUCCCGCGAAGGCCAGCCGACGCAGCACCGGGCUAUCGGAAACCCGACCGAUUCGACCCAUCCUCCCUCAUGACCCAGACCGCCAGCACCACCAAGCAGACAAUAUCGUCAGCAGCAGCACCGCGUACCACGACGGCGUCGACCACGUCCGCAGCGAGGAAACCCGGUGCCGCCCAGCGCGCCGCGUUGCAUCAAUUUGGCCUGGAUGUGCCUGCGACCCAGAGCGACGGCCAGCAUGAGUUGCUUCGUGCAGCCGCCUUCCCGCCUUUCCAGCAGUGUGUUGCGAGUGAGUUCCAGAACCUGGACGAGAUGCAGAGGCAGGAUCCGCUGGCCACGCAGGUCUGGAGGUUUUAUGCAAUGACCAAGCAGCGUCUCCCUGCCCGGGAGCGCAUGGAAAACCUGACGUGGCGGAUGAUGCACUUCAAACUGCCCAAGCCCAAAGAUGUCGAAUCUAAAAAAACCAAUCGCCUCUCGGGUGCAUCACUCAAUGCGCCCAGCGGAAUUGCGCAAUUGCGUAAGACAUCUGAGGACGCUUUGAUGCAACCCGAGCCUAUGAAUCUCGAUGACUUUCUCAACAACGACAACCUAGGCACGCCGGCCGGCCCGGAAGCCAUGCGGCAGACCGAAGAGAAGUCGGCUCAUAGCACAGCCUCGGCAAUUCCGAUAAAGUCUCGCAAGGAGCCGUCCCAGCAUCCGAUACCUCAAUCGGUGCCGGUCGCCGCCCAUCAGAGGGUGCGAGACGAGUUUGGCUAUCUCCCUCGCCAUCAGCGGAAGACUAGCAUCGACGAGACCAGCCAGCGUACACGGAAACGGCCUGCGAACUUCUCUCCACACGUUUCCGCUGUCAGCAGUGGCUUUGCAGCAAAUGGCCUUGAUGCGGAUUCUGAUCUCCAGGAGUAUUCGCUGGACCACUUACAGCAGACGGGCAUGACACAGCCGCCCAAUCACGCGGGAAUCCCGUUCCCGCUCGACACGUUCCGCUUGCAGAACGAUCCUAUCAUAACUUCUGCCGGUCCCUUUCAGCAAAGCUUCUCCUUCUCGCCAGCUAGCUCGCCAAUGGUUGCCCAUGAUCCAUUCUCGGCCAUGUACAAUGGCUCCUCGAUGCAGCCCAGCUCGCUCGGCGCAGAUUACUAUUCUCCGCCAGGUUCCGCUUACCCAUCCGCAGUUUCAACUCCUCAUCCUUUAGCCGAGAGCGACGGCUUCUACUUUGGGCCCAUGGAUGUGCGGCAUACGCGCCAGCAGGCUUACAGAGCCGGCCAUCCCUCCAUGGCCAACGCCAUGGGCCACCAGUUUCCCUACGGCGUUAAUGGCAGCCUAAUGUUUCCCGCUGCUUCCGCCGGUCCCGAUACUGCGUCUACCUUCACCGCACCGGGCUCUUUCGGUCAUAUUGACCCGACUCAAGUGUUCCAGCAGGAGCAGAAUGCCCGCUCCCCUGGUGUCGGGUUGGGCCAGGAUAAUGUGUUCUCAUUCGGUGCCGAUUCGGACGAGGAGGAAGGCGCUUUUGCUGAUCGUAAUAUUCCAAUCCCCCAAGACUUCUCGCCUCAAGGGAUGGAUGAUGGCGGGUUCGACAGUUCAUCUCUGCAAUGGGAUCCGUCCCUUCCCGGCAAUUUCAGCACGCAGGCUGCGAGGUACCCUGCGGGGCCUCCCCGAAAGCAGGUGACGAUCGGUGGUACCACAACGGACUACGUCGAUGCCAGUGGCGAGUGGGAAGGAGGAAAUCUGAAUAGGUCGCAGUCCCAGUCCUUCCGCCAGACGAAUGGGCGCCUUGGCAAGGUGCCGAGGAAUGCGUCGACGCCAGGCUUGGCCAGCAGGGGAAAUCCGUUUGACCGACUCGUACGAUCGACGCCGAACUCACCUCCGGCGGAGCAGAAUCUGCCCUCUGGUCUCCAGUCCGUGACAGCCAGCCGGCCUUCGUCUCCUCCGCCAGGAUCGAGGCAGGGAUCCACAACUAAUCUCCAGGGGGCAGGUGGCAACCAGGGGGAGAGCAACACGCCAACUACAUGUACAAACUGCUUUACACAGACAACGCCGCUGUGGCGCCGUAACCCUGAGGGCCAGCCCCUUUGCAACGCCUGCGGUCUCUUUUUAAAAUUGCACGGCGUCGUCAGGCCGCUGAGUCUGAAGACGGACGUUAUCAAGAAGCGCAAUCGCGGCUCCGGGGCGGGUCUACCCGUGGGCGGCACCAGCACCCGUUCUUCCAGGAAAAGCGCCAACGCAAGCGCCUCCAAUUCGUCGACCAAGAAGGGCUCGUCGCUCUCCCUACCGCCCAACACCAACAACCCCCCACCCGCACAGGUAUCAACACCGCCUUCAGCUACAACUCAGGGUCACCGAGCCGGCAGCGCCCACGAGGGCGACAGCCCCGCCAGCGCCUCCGCAUCUGCUGGCAACAAUACUGCCGGGAGCACGCCGACGAGCUACGCCGGCUCUGCCAGCGGCGUGGUCGGCGGCAAGGGCGUCGUGCCCAUCGCCGCCGCUCCGCCCAAGAAUACCCCUGGGCCCGGGGCCGGGGCGACGGCGUCGUCGCUUCCGCGCUCGACUGCCCUCGCCUCUGCAUCCUCAUCGUCAUCGAAGCGCCAGCGCCGCCAUAGCAAGAGUGUCGCGGACCACCAACAUCACCAGCAGACGCAGCAACACCACCACCAGCAGCAGAGCAUGUCGGCCAGCGGCAUGGAUAUUGAUUCGCCCGAGAACUCGACGGGUUCCAACGAGGCGGCGGCUGCUACUGCUGCCAGGCCCCUCGGCCCGUCGAGCACAGGCUCCCGCCUGCAUAGUACCCUCACGCCCAGCCCCGCGAUCGGCUUGACCCUCGGCGCGGCUGGCCAGAGAGGCGGCCCGCUUGCCGGUCCGGGCAGUCAGCGUGCGGGACCUCAAGAGUGGGAGUGGCUUACCAUGAGUCUUUGA